AUGUCAACAACAGAGAACACAACAACAGUUAUAGUCCAUGAAGCUAUAAAUGAAGAAUAUGAGUACAUACAGUUUAACAAACAACUCCGUCUCAUUCGUUCGGUCAAAGACGAUAUGUACCAAAUGCAAAGUAUUUUGAAUGCUCUUCGUUCUACAAAGCAAGCAUAUCAUUGGUUUGAAAACCAACAGACAAAAGAACUUUUAGAAGAAUUUCCUCAUAUGAUUGCUUCCCUCGGAAAACCGAGAGAAGAGAUUCCGUACGAAAAUCGCAAGAAUUUGGCUCCUGGUUUGAAAGGAUAUUAUGUUCAUAGACUUUUAGUAAAUGCUGUAGCAAUGUGGGCUUCACCUCUUCACCUAAAUUAUAUUUUUAUUGAAUUCAGCAACAAAUUUCAUGAAUUUCCUUAA